AUGCCUGGGGACACCCCGGUUUCCUCCCCAGGGGACCAGAGUGACCACAAGCUGGCCCUAAGGAACAUCGCCAGCAUGGUGCGGCCCGGGGGUGUCCUGGUCAUCGACCCCCGCAACUAUGAUCACAUCCUGGCCACGGGCUGUGCGCCACCUGGCAAGAACAUCUACUACAAGAGUGACUUGACCAAGGACAUCACUACCUCGGUGCUGCUGGUAAACAACAAGGCGCACAUGGUGACCCUGGACUACACGGUGCAGGUCCCCCCCACCGAAGCAGGGGCAGCCCCGGAGAUGAGCAAGUUUCGGCUGUCAUACUACCCGCACCGGCUGGAGGCCUUCACAGCCCUGCUGAAAGGUGCCUUCCAGGGGAAGUGCCAGCACAGCGUCCUGGGUGACUUCCAGCCCUACACGCCGGGGCAGGCCCACAUCCCCUGCUACUUCAUCCACGUCGUGAAGAAGACGGCCUGAGGAGGCCUUGGAGAUGGGACUGUGGUGGCCGAGAGCUGCUAGCGGCUCUGGGGACAAGCAGAGGGCUGGGGGCAUCGCUGAGAGCUGCCUGGGAGCCCCCUCCCCUUCAUUAAGAGCAGUUAUCAGAGC